AUGCAAAAUAUAAGUGAGUUUGAAUUCCCACCUCAUUUGAAUUCUAAUCAAAUUAAUGCUGUGAAACUAGUUGACUAGUCACUACUUAUCCUUGCUGGAGUAGGUACAGGAAAGACAGAAACUCUCAUGACGAAAUUCGCAUAUCUAGCUUAAAAAUGUGGAGAUUACUCAAAAAUUCUAGCAGUGACUUUUACUAACAAGGCUGCAAAUGAAAUGAAAGAUAGAGUAUAAAAGAUACUUGGGAAAAAUUUUCCAUCCUAGCCUUGGAUUGGGACAUUUCACAGCCUUAGCUUAAGAUUCCUCAAGUUAAAUUGCAAUUUUAAGGUAAUGGGAUUAAAAAAGGACUUUAGAAUCGCUGACGAAAAGGAAGCGAGGAAAUAUGUUGGGAAAACUCUGAAGAAACUUAAAGAAUCAGAUGAUCAGUCUAUUUUAUACAGACUUUAAAAUGUGAUUAAUAUUGGAUAUUGCAAAGGAGGAUUAAAAGAAGCACUUUAGAUAUUAAUUGAAAGAGUGCAAUUGUUUGGCUUCAUAGAUGGAGUUAUACUUGAUUCCCAGUGCUAAAUGGUACUAUUAAAGAUUUAUCCAAUAUACCAACAGCUCAUGAGGGCAGAUAAUUUAAUUGAUUACGGUGAUCUAUUACUAAGUGUGAGAUAAUUAAGCCUAAUAAAAAGUAAGAUUGAAAUCUUAAGAAAUCUAUUUGAUUAUGUCCUUGUUGAUGAGGCUUAAGAUCUAAAUUAGAUUCAGUAUUUGUGGAUUUAAAAGCUAUUGCAAGAUAAUAAGAAUGUGACGUAUGUCGGAGAUGAUGAUCAAAUUAUUUAUGGAUUUAAUGGAUCAGAUGGAAAAUUGAAUUAUAGAUCAACCAAGACUAUAAUUAAUCUUGCAAAUAAUCUAAUUUCUCAUAAUAAGAAUAGACACCAAAAGAACUUAUGGACUGAUAAUUAAGUAGGAGAUAACUACACAAUAUAAAGAUAUAAAAAUGAAGAUGGCUAAGCUUCAGAUAUUUGCAGAUAAAUAAAGAAAUUGAUUGACUAGAAAGCAGUUUAAGGAAGUUAAAUAGCUAUUUUAACAAGAACUAACAUUCAUGGUGAUAUAUUUGAAAAGGAGUUAACUAAGCAUAAAAUUCCAUUUGUCUUUCCUAAAAAAACUUAAGAGAUGUUAAAGCUCAAUGAGAUCAAAUUAGCAUACAACUUCCUAUCAGUAUUAUUUGAUCCAGAAGAUUCUUAUUCAUUCGAGCAGGUGUUGCUAUGUUUACCAGGAAUGGGCCCAGCAACCUGCCUUAAACUAGCAACUGAGGCUGAGGAGUUAGAUAUUUCUGUAAAAGAACUUAUCAAGAUUAUUUUGAAAUAGCGCGAAACUAAGAUAUUCGGUAGUAUGGAUCUUGAAGAAGAAGAAUACAGAAGUCUUUUAAGGAGUAUGCAAAUACUAGAUUUAAAUGGCUAAAAUGAUAGCUCGUCUAUAAUGUAAUCUACAAUUAUGAGAAGAGUACCAUCCUAAUAAUCUAUAAUACCAGAAAGUGACCAACUCCAAUAAAUGGUGGCUAAUACUGUUCUUAAUAGAAAAUAAAUUGCAUCAGUAUAACUCUUGCUAGAAGCGCUUUAGAUGUCAGAGGGAAUAGCAGUAUAAUAAGUACAUUUUCUUACACAAUACCUAAAUAAGCUGAACUUUUUAAAAAUCUGCUGGAAAAAAGCUAAAUUCCCCAAAGAUGAAAAGGUAAUAAAAUCAAAUGUAAUGUGCUUGAUUGAUAAAAUGAGCUAGUUUGACUCUUUCAAAGAAUUCUCUGAAUUGUAUUAAAUCCAAGAUGAAAGUAUCUCGGACUAUGAUCAGCUGAAAAUUGAUGAUAGAAAUCGUGUGAGACUUAUUACAAUACAUAAAUCUAAGGGUUUGGAGUUUGAGCAUGUUUUCUUACCUUAUUGGUCUCAAGGGAAUAUUCCUUUUAAUAUUAGGAAAAAUGAGGAUCCAUAGGAAUUUAUUGAAGAAGAGAGGAGAAUUGCAUUUGUUGGAUUGACUAGAGCUAAAUUUUAGGUUCAUUUCAGCUAUUGUUGCUAUGAAUAUAAUGCAAGAUACAAUAAGUCAUAUCAAAAGUAGCCAUCCUAGUUUCUUGAAGAAAUGCAAGAUAUUGCAUAAAAUUAAUUACUUGGGAGAGACCUUGCUAUUAAUAAUAGAAGAAUUUGA